GUUGCGCAUGUCGUCCACUGUCAACAGAUCUGUGCCAGUAUACUGCUUCACCAAUUUUUUUUUUUAAGAUUUAGUUAUCCCACCCUCCCCUCUUAAUAAGUUCCGCUUGUCACCCCUCAAGAUUCCCCUGACCGUCGCAUCCUUUAAUACUGCCUUGAAUGUUUAGUAACAGAAAGGGUUAAGCAACAAACACAAGGUUAAACAAAUUUCAAGCUUGUGGGAAGCUGAAGGCUAGAGAUGGGCCGACGGUGACUACGGGGGAAGCUGCUGCCGGUUGGUGAUGGCGCAGCUUCUGCUGGGAGAAAGUCUGGAGUAGUCGGGGCCCCAGUCUGAGAACAAGGAACGCUGCCUGUCACUGAACCUGGGGGUUUCACAUCACUGGUGAAUACUUGGAAUUAGAUUACUGACUGAACUGCAAUCCAAAAAAGGAGACUGCCUGAAGCCGAACCCGCUGUCAAUGAGGACGCUGUGUGCUGUGGCUAUUCACGUAUCUGGGGUGUAAUGAGGAAGGAAAAGAGCAGUCACUGGAGGUACUGCUGUCAAGGUUCAUGUCUGAUGUGGGAAGAAAGAUACCAAAAACAAUGCUGGCACUACUAAAAAUGGUAUAAAUCCAGCAGAGCUCAUGAGAAAUAUUUGAAAUAUCUAAAAUGGAUGACUUAUACAAAGACCAGCAGAACUUGUCCAUGGAUGUUGACAGCUCUCCUGCUAUUACCAACAGCAAACUUGACAAUGGUGUUACGCAGCUAAUCACUACUGAAGCAUGGAACAUCAACUCAGCAGGCCUAAUGAAGAAAGCACUUUCGCCAUUAGUUGCUGUUCCAGCUCAUUCCAUAUUAACUCCUCCAGCAGACUCGCAGAGUGGAGUUGCUCUGAAAGUAGCAGCAACAGUGCUCCAACCAAUCUGCUUUGGGGACAGCCCAGUUGUUCUACCUAUACAUUUACAAGUAGCAGGAAGUGCAGCACCUCAGGUAAGUCCCAGCAGUAACACCCCUUACGUAAUGACAACUCAAGGUCCAGUGCCAUUACCUGUCCUUUUGGAGCAACAUGUGUUUCAGCACUUAAAUUCACCAUUGGUGUUAUCUCAGACUGCUCCGUGUCCUUCAAGUACCAUUCAGAGUAAUCUUUUUCAGGGCUCUUCUGCACCUGUUUCACAGCCUCAGCAUUUAGACCAUAAAUCUUCAAGUCAGGCACAAGAAUCUGCACUUCCACCUUUAUUUCAAACACCAGCAUUUGUUGCUGCACUUCAGGAUUUGUUUCCAUCGCAGAAUACGACAGCGUCAUCCACUUGUCAAGCAUCUCCUGAGAGUCUGUCUUCAAAUUUUUCAUCUGUUCCCCCCCAGACACUCAGUGCAGGUCUAGCUCCCUUAGUACCUCCAGCCACCCUCUUAGUCCCUUAUCCAGUUAUUGUUCCCUUGCCUGUUCCGAUACCCAUUCCUGUUCCUAUACCUAUCCCUGUUCCUCAGAAUUCAGAGUUAAAAGUGUCUGCAGAUCUACCUAGACCACCUGCCUCUGUUUCUACAUCAUGUAAAAGUACACAGACUACUUUUGAAAAUGAAGAUUCAAAAUCGUUAGAGUUAUUGCAAGUCAGAGACUUUUCCCAGCUUAAUCGACACACGGUGAUAAAGCUUAGUGAGAAUGAAGCACUUGACCUUUCUGUGAAAAGUACAUGCUUACCAUGUAAAACUGAAACAGUUUGUCAGCAAGUUCAACAAGAUGGUGUACUUGAUUUAUCAGUUCCUUCUUUGAAGAAAAGUAGUGUUCCAUGUUCUCAGACUGGUUUAUUUUAUUCAUCUAGGUCUUCAAGUGAAAGUCUUGGUCAGUCCUCAGAUGGAAUUACAGCUAUGGUGACAUCACUGAGUCCAGCAAAGCCUACAGAAGGCUCACUUAAGAUGGAUGACAAAAUUAUUUGUAGUGGUAACUCUGCUGAUCUUAUUAGACAACAGAAGUGGGUUGUUGAACAGAGUCACAGAGCAAACUGUGAUCCCAAAACUGGUAACAAUAUUGAAUUAGUAAGUACUUCACAGACAGCAAAAGUGAUUGUGUCUGUCAAAGAUGCUGUUCCUGCAAUUUUCUGUGGCAAGAUAAAAGGCCUUUCAGGAGUAUCUACUAAAAACUUUUCCUUUAAACGAGAUUUGCCACAGGAGUCUGUAUUGCAAUGUUAUGAUAUGAAAACACAACAGGAACCUAGAGAUAAUGAGGCUUUAAGAAAGGCAAAUAAAAAUAAAGGAAUUAAAUUAAAGAAAGUGAACUCGCAAGAAAUACACAUACUUCCAAUCAAAAAGCAACGAUUGGCUGCAUUUUUUCCUAGAAAGUAGAGUGGUGUGUGAAGUUUUUGACAGUGUUUAAUAGUGAAUUAUUUAUUUGGGGGAUGAUGAUACUUCAGAAUGCAAAUCAAUUAAAGUAAUUUCCCAUUUGCUGAGGAGACAUAUAGGUCUAAUUUAGCAUAAAGUAUAUUUUCAACAAAAGCAUAUAACAGUGGUACAUUUCAAAGUGAAUUGUGUUUUGGAAAUUCUGAUCUUGAUUUUAAUGCUGGGAACCAAUUUGGCAAGUGUUAUAUGUACUGUUCACUGCCGUAGUGUUUUAAUUUUGUGAAAUGGCCGCAGGCAUUACCAUACUCAUACAAGUAAAUGGUAACAGAGGAAUAUUAUGAAAUAAACUAUGCUAAGAACCUGUCUAAAUACAGUGGAUGAGCUGAAAGUAUUUUAACAUAUGCAGUAAGUUUGACUGGUUUUGACAUGAUUGAGGCACAGCCAGUGAUCAAUCUGUUAUCUGUGGUCGAUACUAUGAUAACAGUACAAUGUGCAUCUGCAGUUCUUUGCAGUUAUCUUAAAUUACCAAAUGUGCAGAUCUACUGUGUCCCAGUACAAAAUGAAAAAAGUUGAAUGCAAAAUAUAAGGUAUACUGCGUUUACAAUGUGGUAUAUAUAGAAAAGUAGCACUCCUGUAGCAAAUAAAAAUAACUAUCUGACUUCCUGUGUGCUCUGAAAAUUGGUUGUUUUGAUACUGACAUUAACAUAAUGAUCAAAUGGCAUAAACUUGACUUUAAGUAACUAGAUUUGUUCACAUCUUUAGAUUGUAUUACAAGUUGCCAUUUUAUGCAUUUUCUAUAUGUACUGCACAAAAAUGCUGCUGUAUAUUGUGGUCUAAAUGCUUUUAUAUCCUGCAAAUAAUAAUGAACAGGUUUAGAUGAAUCAAGAUGAAGUUCAAUGAAAAAGACAAGACCUGUGAUUUGCCAGAUGCUAAAUAUUUAGAACAAAAGGAGAAUCUGAUCAAUCAGCAUAUAAGAAGCAUAUGAUUCUUUAACAAAACUGCAGUAAGUUUUUAAACCAGAAAAGUUUUAAAUGGCUUUGUUGGUUCAUAUGAGAACUGGAAGCAACAGUCAUUGCCAAAUAUUUUGAAAAUGUAGAAAAUCAAACCAAACUUUUGCUAUACUAUCAUCACCACUGCUAUACUCGGUAGUCUGCUAUGUUUUUUUUAUUUAGUCACAUAAAGCUGUUAAACAUGGCAAUAUCGGUAUGAUUUUUGACUGAGCUGCAUUUAAAUGAACUAAGCAGCUUACAAGUUGAGAGCAUAUGUAAUACAUAUUUAUAUAUAUAUUAUGUGUAAUAUAGAAGCAUACAAACGAUUCUGUAUGCAUAUAUAAAUAUGUGCAAAGCAAGAACAUAAGAGACAGUUGGAUUUAGAGGAUUUUAAUAAAGGUUAUUAAAUGUCAUGUAUUUUAGUAAAAUCACAUUUAUAUUGAAUUUCUUAAGGGAUUGAUGUUUUUGACUUGUAUUUCCGGUGUUUUUGGUAAGCUUUGACUUGAAUAGAGGAGUGAAUGUGUACAAGAGACAGAGCCUGUGAUUUUUUUGCACUGCAGUUGUAAUAUGUAAUGAACUGUUUGUAUUAUUUGUACAACUUAAAACUAGCAAUUGCUUUAUGAAAAUUUAAA